GAAUCGACCCAAGUUAGAGAAUUAUGAUAAAGCGCUGAAGGUGUACAAGACAUCCUUAGAGAACGUCUUCGUCGAGGAAGACAAUUUUAAGUAUGUGAAUUGCCUACGUUCGAACGACACGGAGAAAAAUUUACAGGUAAUUAAUGAAAUGAAUUUGGUCGAUUCGAUUGUCAGUUUGAACGAGAAGUUACCAAAAAUCGAAGCGAAAAUCGUGCAGAUCCAGCCGGAAACAAUGAUGGUUCCUCCAGUACGCAGACUCUACUCGGAUGUUGUGCAGGGCAACAAAUCGCCAACAAAGCAAGAGGCUGUUUCAUCGCCUACGAAGCAAGAUAACAAUGAGCAAUUGAAGACUGUUGAAACUCUGAUCAAUAUUUCGGAGAUGGACAUGAAACUGAAUUGCAAUUUUGAGGGAUCCGAGGCGAUUACUGCUCCAACGACGUCCUAUUCAGAGGUGCUGAAUACUCCCAUGACAAUACAAGAUAGCAGUUCCUUAUUUCUGCAUGAUUCAGAAGAUUAUGAUAACGAGAUCAGAAGCAGCAAUGGUUGCAAUCCUCUGCAAGUUGUUUCCAACACGGUUUAUAAUACCAAUUACCGUAUGAAUUACGGCAAUCCUUACAGCAACACCACACCUGUGCCUACGACACGUCCAACUCUAACUACUUGUCCUCAAUGGUUUUUGCCAGCAACGUACAGAUCACAAAAUAUAUGCGGUUAUGGUAAUUUCUUGGGACAGCUUCUGUUACCGCAAAUGCCCACGAAACAUAAAUGGACUAAUUUCACGAGGCCGACUACCCCUCAAACGAUAUUUCAAAAUGCUAGCCAAAAUUGGAAUCUGCAGAGCUUGUAUCAAACAGCUCAAACAUCACAACAACCGGUCCCGAAUUGUUCCAGUUUCGAUCCCCCGAAAGCUAAAACGAAGAAAACGGUGCCGUCGCCGAUAACGACAAAAUUUGUAAAAACGAAACCGGAUGCGAACAAGACAAUUUUCAUCAAGAAGCCGUCCGUUCAGGGUGGUGCAAGCUCUACAACCGCCGCACACAAGAAGCAGGAUUAUAAGUUGAUGACUCGGCAGUCGGAAGUCGUGCAAGAACAAGAGAUUCCGGUAGCUUGCAGCGCCUCCGAUGAUUUAGAGAAGAUCGCACUAAGGGAAUACCAGUCAUCCUCCAAUGAUAUGUUCUUCACGGAGAUUGAGCGUCAAGCUAAAGAGCAGUACGAUGGCAAUCCGGAAAACUCAUGCUGCCCCCCGACUAAAUCAUGCCUCUGUCUCGGGGGGCGUCUCUUACCUUACUGCAGUCAGCAUCACAUGCCUCUCGACCGUUCCCAAAUCACAACCGCUGCAUUCCAUCCGGCGCGUCUACCGCAAAUGUAUCUGCUUUAUAAUACAUGCUACAUUUGUUUAUUUUAA